AUGUGCGGCGGAGGGAACCUCCCGGAUGUCGAGGUUCCCGCAGUGAGGCGGAAGGUGAUGAAGGCAGUGUUGUGGCCCGAGAAGAAACAACCCCGAUGGAGCGCCAGUGGGGGCCAACACUUCAUGGGGCUCGGCGGGCGCCGGGGACUUGGGCUGGACGACGAGGAGGAGGACUUCGAGGCCGACUACAAGGAGUUCAAGGCCAACUACGGGGACUCCAACCUGGAGCUCCAGCGUGGUGGGGUGUCUGAGAAGGAUGACGACGACGAGGUCAUCGAGACCAAGCCCUUUGUCGCCAUCAAGACGUCGCUCUCCCAAGAUGACUUAAGCACUAUGAGUACCGCUGGUUUUGAUGGUCCUUCAGAAAGGCCAGCAAAAAGGAAGACAAAGAACGAAUUCAGGGGUAUCCGUCAGCGCCCCUCGGGUAAGUGGGCUGCUGAAAUCAGAGAUCCUAGCAAGGGUUUCCGUGUCUGGCUUGGUACUUUCAACAUUGCUGAAGAAGCCGCAAGAGCUUAUGAUGUUGAAGCACGUAGGAUCCAUGGCAAGAAGGCCAAGGUUAACUUUCCAGAGGAACCAGCAGUUCAGGAACCUAAAGCACCCAAGCCAAGCACAGCACAGGAAUUUACUAUUACACCACUAAUCAACAACCUUGUCAACCCAAAUGCUUCCGUGUACCAGUCUGUUGACGUUGCAUCAAACCAGCCACUUGUUCAGCUUGAUAACGUGUCAUUUGUUCCUGCAAUGAACUCCGCUACCCCUAUUGAAGCUCCUGUUAUGAGCAUGUACUCUAACCGGGGAAGCAACACGUUUGGCUGCUUUGACUUGGGCUGGGAAUAUGACAUCAAGACUCCAGAUAUAUCAUCCAUUGCUCUCAUAUCCACCAUUGUUGAAGGAGCAGAAUCUGCACUUGUCCAGAGUAACACCUACAACCCAGUGGUGAUUGUUGAAGGAGCUGAACUUGCGCUUGUCCAGAGUAACACCUACAACUCAAUGGUGCCUCCUGUUAUGGAGAACGAUGCUGUCGAUUUUGAAGCUUCGAGGUUUUUUAUGAAUGAUGGUGUGGAUGAGCUGAUUGAUAGCCUUCUGAAUUUUGAUGUGCCUCAGGAUGUCGUCGGCGGGAUGGACCUUUGGAACUUUGAUGGCGAAUUUUUCCUGAGGGAUUCAAACCCCUGUGUAUUGGAGGAAUAG